CAGUUUUUUAUUGGUGUAACGGACUGGUCCCGGGUGACUUAUCGUUCGGGAUCUUGGAGAGGCAAUUAAGUUUGCAAUGUCGGCGCAAAUGCUCCACGCUCAGAGCGUGCAGGCCUGUCCCGAGAUGCCGGGCUGCGAGCGCAGGCCACGGUCUCGGGGAACGGUCCAUGCGGGGAAGGAGAAAGACACAGCGGUUCUCGGGAGCCGCCCGCGCGGUGGCCCGCAACCAGAGCGGGCCUAGGGGAAGACUCAACUUCUUUCUAACAAGUGCCCUCCUGCUGGGUUGCAGGGGUUGGGGACCCCGGCCCGCGAGUGGGGGACACUGGCCCGGGGAGCGGCCGGCCGAGGCCCUGGCCGCAGGCGGCGCGCGCUCCCCGCACGGCGGGCACACUCGCGCGCACUCUCCUGCUCAGACACCUGGAGCUCGUCCCAGGAGGGGGGCGGGGAGCAGAGCCAAAGUGAGCGUCUUAAAAUAGAGAGGCAGGCGGCGCAGCGUGAGACAGCGCCGGGCGGGAGGCGGCGAGCGGGCGCGGUGGGGCGCGAGGCGCGCAGGUCGGCUCCCGGGCGCGCGGGCGGGGCGGUGGGGGGGCGCGACGCCCCUCGGGCCGCGGGCCGCACCGGCCCUGCAGGAAGCACGCGCUGAUUGACAGCUGCGCUGUCCCAAAAGGGCUCGGCGAAGAUGAUGAUUCGCGGGUGGGUCUAGACGCGCCCGCUCUGCUCCGCGAGUCCCCGGAGCCCCGCCGCGUCCCCUGCUGCCGAGGAGCGGGGCUCGGGCCCCGGCCGGACGGGCGCUCGCCCCGGCUCACCAUGCACUGCCACGCCGAGCUGAGGCUGAGCUCGCCCGGCCAGCUCAAAGCAGCCAGGCGGCGCUACAAGACCUUCAUGAUCGACGAGAUACUCUCCAAGGAGACCUGCGACUACUUUGAGAAACUUUCCCUCUACUCCGUGUGCCCGUCGCUGGUCGUGCGGCCCAAGCCCCUGCAUUCCUGUUCGGGCUCCCCUUCCCUCCGGGCAUAUCCUCUCCUCUCCGUGAUCACCCGACAGCCCACGGUCAUCUCCCACCUGGUCCCUGCCACCUCGGGAAUCACCCAGGCGUUGGCCUGCCACCCGGUCACUGAGGCUGUCUCCUCUGAGGCCCCGGGCAGUGAGGCCUUGGCCAGCAGUGAGUCGGAGACGGAGCAGCCUACGCCACGGCAGAAGAAGCCACGCCGGAGCCGCACCAUCUUCACCGAGCUUCAGCUCAUGGGCCUGGAGAAGAAGUUCCAGAAGCAAAAGUACUUAUCCACCCCAGACAGGUUGGACUUGGCCCAGUCUCUGGGACUCACUCAGCUGCAGGUGAAGACUUGGUAUCAGAAUCGUAGGAUGAAAUGGAAGAAAAUGGUUCUUAAAGGUGGGCAGGAAGCACCCACAAAACCCAAAGGCCGUCCCAAGAAGAACUCCAUCCCCACAUCAGAGGAGAUUGAAGCGGAAGAGAAAAUGCACGGCCAGGUGCAGAGCCAGGAGCUCCCCGAGCCACAGCCCCGGGGCCAGGAGGAGCUCUGUCAAGCACCAGAGCCCACAGCAGGCGACUGCCCCUUGGACAUGACAGAACCACCAGGCCAGGCCCAGGAGUUACCGCUAGUCUCUUCUGAAACCCCUCCCCCAUUAAGCUAAAGUAAAACUCUUUUGGGGGGAAGAGGGAGACAGGGAAGAAGGGAAAAGGGAGACAGCAGGGAGUGUAGAGAGAAAAACUUCCACCGGCCUGAUAAUCUGGAGGGAGCAGAUCCACCUGCCUCCCUCCCACACGCGGUUCCGGGUGGCCUUUUCAUCACCAGCAUUUGAGGAAGGCAUGAUCCUUUCAGGCCUCCUCUUCCUGAAAGGCUGCCUUAAGCACAGAAGCCCUUGACUAAGAGAGACAGCACCUUGGAGCCGUCUGCCCAAGCUGGGGUGACGGCUGUAGGGGCCGGGUCUGUGCUCAAGCCCUGCCCUGGGGUGCAGUGGGGGGCACUUAGGUCUCUCCCUGCCACCUCGGGCAGCCGGUCAUCCACGCAGGGACGCGCAGGGGCGUGUGGGGAACGUGCCCCAGGCUCCUUGCUGACUUAGCACUUAUUUCUGUAGUUUAAAAAGAGAAUUUAAUGUUUUUGGUUGGUUUUUUGUGGGGGGGAGGGUAAGGGUAAGCCAAACAAAAAAUGGGGAAGAGAGUUCUGAGUUCAAGUCUGUGUGUUUGAAGACACGUGUGCCUUUGUAUCCAUUAUGAGAUGGUGAUGUGACCUAAGAACUGAUAAGCCUUGUUUUUCUUGCUUCAUUCAAUUUCCAUCUCUGAAGCUGCAAUGCAGAUAUGUUAAGAUAACUUUUAUUUUUUAAUUAAAGAUAAAUCUUUUAAAAGGA